AUGUCGCUAUGUCAACGAUGCAAGCUGCCGUUGGCGUACGGCGACUCGCUUCUGGAUCUCAACCAGGCCCAAAUGAAGACUCUACAGACUAAAGCUGAGCAGAACAAACCGGAUGGAGAAUCGAACACCAAUCUUGAUCCUCAGGCUCUGGACAAGUUCAACCGGGCACGGGAGACGGCUCUUAAACGUGGCACCAUGUCCGGGGACUCGUUUGUCUUUCUGUCGCAAUCUCAGGUCGGUCACACGCCUCCCAACCCCAACAAUGUGAAGACGACUGCCAGUGAUUCCAACUCCAUCAGCACACGUAUCACGGCUUUAGAGACGUUGUUUGACGUCAUCAGCUCCACGUCGUCGAUUGACUUUCCCAUCUGCACGGAUUGCGGCGACCAAAUUAGAGAAGGUCUCAAAACUCGAUUUGAACAGACGUCCAAGGAGAGGGACGUGUUUGCUCGCUUCCUCAACAAGCUGAGAGACAGCGACGGCGAGGAGGAGGAUCUGGCGGUAAAACAGCGAGAGCUGGAGAAGCUGGAGGGUGAGAAGGAGGCGGCAUUGUCUGAGCUCAAAUCCCAGGAAAAGGAACUGGAUGAAUUAGAGAAAGAGAUCCAGGCACUCGAAAAGGAGAAAACGGACCUCGAGUCGCAGGAGCCCCGGUUCUGGCAGCUGCAAAACGAGCUGUAUCUCGACAUUGAGGAACACAAGCAGGAGAGGGACUCCCUCAUCACACAGUACAGAAACCUCAAGGAUGAACAGGAAAAGCUGUCCAAGGUGAACGUAUAUAACGAUGCCUUCUGCAUUGGACACGAUGGAUACUUUGGCACCAUCAACGGACUCCGACUCGGCCGACUCAAGAACCGAAUGGUUGAAUGGUCCGAAAUCAACGCAGCUUGGGGGCAGACGCUGUUUCUACUGGCGACAGUGUGUCACAAACUGGGAUUCAAGCUGUCCGGAUACAAACUGCAUCCCAUGGGAGGAGUAUCGCGAAUAGACAAGUACUCGGAUACAGAUGGUGUGGUGACGAGCCAGGAGCUGUUCUCCUCAGGUGACUAUUCGUUUGAACGAAUUCUCAACCAUAAGAAGCUCGAUAAUGCCAUGGUCUCUGUUCUGGCAGUGCUACAGCAAAUUGGAGAGUAUGUGGAGUCUCUGGAUCCGUCGUUGAAGUUGCCAUAUCGGAUUUCAAAGGACAAGAUUGGAGGCAUCAGUAUCAGACUGUCUAUUAAUGCUUCUAAUGACUCGUGGACAACUGCUUGCAAAUAUGUCUUGACGAAUGCAAAAUGGCUGUUGGCUUUUACUAGCACGAGAAGGUGA